AUGGCAGGAUACACUUGUGUCCAGUGCCUUCAGGCCCUUCGUCAAGGGGUCCGGGCAUCAGCUCCACAGGCUCGCCUACAGAGCCUCGCUCCCGUACGACGGAGCAGCCCAGUCUCCCCGUCUUUCAUCCGCAGCUUCGGCUCGCACCGCAAUGGUCGAUCGCUCGGCAGCUCCCCAGAGCAGCCCAAGCACGUACACAGCCAGUCCUGCUGUGCUCCUGCCAAGCCCUCUCCUGUGCCCCAGGCCCAGCGAGCUGCUCACACCGCAACCCGCAUGCGAAACCCUCAAGCCGUCUUGAAACCGGACAACCUAUUCCACUCCUUCUCGGACUCCCCUGCGCCGGCAAUCCGCAAACGCGCUCAGUUCAUCAAGCAGAAUGCCUUCUGCCCCCACCCAAGUCACCAGCAGACUCGCAUGCCUGUCUCACCGCACGAUCCCGAGGCGAGAAAAGAUACCGACGAAGCAAACCUGCCCCCGGCCCAUUCGCACUUCGAAUGCCCUGACUGCGGUGUGCCAGUCUACUGCUCUGAGGGUCACUGGAUGGAUGACUUCGAGGCCCAUCUCGAGAUCUGUGAGACUCUGCGUCAGAUCAAUGAAGAUGACCACGAUCUGCACUCCGGCCGGUUCUUCCCUGAAUUCCACUACCCCGGUCCUCAGGACGACAACUUCGUCAUUAACAUGACCAACUGGGAUACUUAUCUCUACACCCGCGAAUUCGCGGCUAUCAACGAUGACCGCUCCAUGCGUCAGGUUACCCGCAUGCUCACCUACCCACAGACCAUUGGUAGUGUCCUGCAUGAACUGAGCCCGUACAGCGUUCGUGCCAAUGGACGGUUGACACCAGAAGGAUUGAAGAGUUUUAGUGCCCUCCGUUACUCCCUCCACCCCCCAAAGGCAGGUGAAGGCACCGACAUAAAAGGUCUCCGCUUGAAAGCGCCCCCAGUGCGUAUCUUCAUCCUCGGUGCCCGCGCCGAGUCCUCCCUGCCCCGGCCCGUCUGGCUGCAGCUGCAAUACAUGUACCCGCGUGCCAUGAUCCACCUCAUCUUCAUCGGACCAGAGAGCAUGGCCAACCGGGACGGCGAGUUCCCACUGCCUGAACGCACGCCCGAGAACCCCUUCGGUGGAAUCGUCGAGGACAGACUCGGCGGCCAGAUGAAGAUCACCACCUACGUGGACUACUUCCAUACCAUGAACCAGGCGCAGUACUUCGGACCGUUCGAUCCCUACCUGGAUUGCUUCAUGCUCUUCCACCCCGGUUUGGGUCACCCGGCCAGCUCGCACGAGUGGGAGGAGACGCUGCCGCAGCUGCUCGAGACCAAGGUUCCUAUCAUCUGCACUGGGUAUACCCAGUGGGAUAUGGAGCGAGACAUCAAUUGGGUGAGUGAGAAGUGUCGUGGUGAGUUCGACGUUCUCCUCGAGCCGGGUGAGAAUAUCUUCCGCAGUUUGCGCUGGGAUUUGAACGAUCAGGAUCCCCACGAUGUUUCUUGUGGAAACUGGGGAUUGUGGGCCUUCCGAGGCAAGAGAUACGAGGCUACUUUCGCCAAAGAGGAGUAG